AUGGGAUACAAUUUCGAAUGCAUUGCUCUCUUGCUGAGACAAUUUCCACGACUUCAACAACUGAUAUUAAGAACUGAUCAUGACAGAGAUUUGUUUGACGGCCAAAAAUGGGAACAAUUGAUUUCAACCGGAUUACCGAUGCUCAAAAAACUUCAAUUUAAAUGUUCAUCAAGCAAUGUUUGUGGAACAAUAAAUGCCAGGCAAGUUCUAUGCUCCUUCAAAACGGAUUUCUGGCUAUUAAAACAUAAAUGGUUUAUUGCAUUUAAUUAUGAUAAUGAUAAUGCAGAAAAUAUAUAUACUGUACCCUAUCCAGAUAAAGAACACAAUUUAAAUUUAUCACCUUCGAUGGCAUUCAUGUCAACAUUGCUGUCGUCAAAUAAUACAACUACAGAAAGGUCGAAAAGAAAUGGUAUUUAUAGGAAUGUAAAAGAGUUAAUAUUGUUACCGUCGACAUCGGUCACCGAAGCAUCGCGACUCGGCUGUUAUUACAACAACGUUGAAUCAUUGACAUUUUUAGACCGAAAUAUGACAAUUAAAACACAUGAUCUCACUGAGUUGAUUCAUUUUUUGCCGAUUAAACAUUUAACUGUACAGUAUCGAAUUGUUCCACAACUAUUUUUGAAAUUGCUAAAAGGAUGCACAAACUUAAGCUCGCUGACAAUUGCGGCUUCGGCGCUAAUGUCUGCAACAAACGAUUUUAACGACCAACAAAUCUGUGUACAAUUGAAUAAAAAAAUUAAAAAAUAUAAUAUUAUUAAUUCAUUUAAUGCAUGUUAUAUAAACAAUGUUGAACAAUUCUGCCAGAUCUUUUCAAAUGUGGAACAACUUCGAGUGAAUGUUUCAUCGGUGGACGACUUUUUGAUUGUAGUAAAGCAGAUGAAACAGUUAUCAUUUGCUAAAAUUCAAUGUUACGACAAAAACAUGUUUUCUACAUCUGAAAAUGACAUUUCACUGUGGAUAAGACAACAUGCAUUGUUGGCAAAAGACUUUCAAUGGAAAGCUGACACCCAGAAUUUUUUAUAUUUUUUCGACCGUCGAAGAUAA